GAAGGGAAGGAGGAGGAAGGGUAGAGGGAGAAACACUUGACAUCAACAGUUGGCUUUCCUCUGCCCUCCUUCUUAUGGUCCACCUCACACUCUUUGGCUUCGCAUCCGUUCAACAUUACCGGAAAAGUCCGUCAUCUUAUGUUGGGUGGAAGUGAGGUCGAUCAAGUCGGGCAAAAUUCUUCAUUCGAGGAUGGCUAUGCACUCGCAUUCACGGCGCUCUUGCAAGCGAUCACUGGCAGUCGAAGAAGCAUCGGUCUUGAGCGCAUACCUCUUUGGAUGACGGAUCAAAUACACUUCAUUAAAGAAGCGUCCAUCCUGUCCGACUUGUUGACAUGACGGGAGCAAGAUGAGCCAAACGUUUCGUCUCGCAACUUCCCAAAGACCCUCCUCCAAAAAGACCCUCCUCCAAACACAAACACCUAGAGGGUGAUGAUUGCAGAGUGAGAAGAGGGAGGAGUGAGCAAGGGUGGAGUGAGAAGAGGGUGGUGAUUGUGAAAUGGGAAGAGGAUGAUGAUGAUUGCGGAGUAAGGAGAGGAUGAUAACGGCGGAACGAGGAGAGAAAAAUGACGG